UGCUUCUUAAGGCAGGUGAAGGCUUCCGCCCGCCCACUCCGGAACCUCCUGUUCGCACUCAGGUUUCCGCCGAGACUGUAAGGACACUCAGAGCGGAAGUAGCGCGAGGCGUGUGGGCGGGGCCAAGUACAGUCAUGUCGGCGGCCUUGCUACGACGCGGCCUGGAGCUGCUAGGGGCGCCGGAGGCGCCCCAGGUCGCCCGCGGCCCGGCCAAGGCGAGCGGGACCCGGGGGCAGCGGGCCCGGAAGGCGAAAGCGACCCAGGCACAGAAGCUGCGGAACUCUGCCAAGGGGAAAGUGCCCAAGUCGGCGCUGGCUGAAUUCCAGAAGCGAGAGAAGCAGAACUACCUUGGAGCAAACUUAAAGUUUAUGACUGCUUCCAGGAACACCAUGGCUGAGAACGUCAUCCGGAAGAUUCUUCAUCAGAACCGGGGCCGCAAGGCCUGUGACCGGCCUGUAACCAAGACUAAAAAGAAGAAGACUGAGGGCACUGUGUUCACUGAGGAAGACUUCCAGAAGUUCCAACAGGAAUACUUCGGCAGCUAGGCCCCAGAGGGGUAUAGUCUUGAAGCCUGCAUUGACCCCAGGACCCCAUAAAGGGCACAGCAGAUUGGGUCAGGGAUGCCGUAAAACUAGAGCCAGUGCUGGGGGGCCGGGGGGUGGCGCACCGGGUUGAGCACACGUAUUACAAUGCGCAAGGACCCGAGUUUGAGCCCCCAGUCUCCACCUGCAGGGGGAGAGCUUCACGAGUGGUGAAACUGGGCUGCUGGUGUCUCUCUGUCUCUCUCCGUCUCUGUCACCCCCUUCCCUCUUGAUUUCUGACUGUCUCUAUCCAAUACAUAAAGAUAAUAAAAAAAAAAUUAAAAAAAAAAACUAGAACCAGUGGGAGGCUGGCAUAGAGCUGGAAGCCAUAGGAGGGACUUAACUCACACUGCAGGUUUGGGAAGAGCCAGCGGCCUGCCAGAAAAGUUUGUGUUUUGUGUGUUCUUGCUGAAGCAGGACCUUUGAACUGCUUAAUCUGGAAAAGCCAGUUUUGGGGCCGCAGGAUAUACACCUCUGGGAGUGGGAGAGCUCCAAGGGUUUCCAGGCUCUAAUAAAUGUGGACCUAGAGCCGUG